AUGAAUGUCAAGAAUGCCUUCCUCAAUGGCUAUCUAAAAGAAGAAGUGCUGGCCAAGCAACCUCCUAUCUUUGAGAGCAAGGAAUGUCCUGAUCAUGUGUACAAGCUUGACGAGGCACUUUAUGGGUUCAAGUACGCUCCAAGAGCAUGGUAUGAAAAACUAUCUAAGUUCUUGCUCGAUCAUGCUACAAGAAAGACUCCUCCCACAAGAGGAAGAGCUACAAGGAGUCAAAGGAAGCAAAGUGAGGCUAAUCUCGAAAAGGCCUUAGUUGAGAGCAAAAGGAAAGUUGCUGAAAAGGGAAAGAAUAAAGUGGGUGAACCAGUUAAAAAUAUUAAUAUUAAGGAGAUAGACCCGGUCCUUCAUGAUGAGGGCGAGGCAGAAGAGGUGGAGGUUGUGACUCCAAAAACAAAGAAAAGAAAGACUUCAAAAAAGAAGUCCUCUGCAAAUUUGUUGAUACAGAACCAUAUACCUUGGCAAAGAGAACCACUUCUACAAGGAAAUCAAGAAAAGUGCAAGUAG